UAGCAUCCAUAGCUGCGACGGCGCCGGCAAUACCGAUGGCACCAUAUGUUCGAUAGGCGACCUCUUCACGGGGAGUACCCGUGCCGGAGAGGAACGAAAGCCCAACGCCGGCAGUACCGACGGGACCAUCUGCUCGAUGGACGACGACCUCUUGAUGGCCACAGGUGGAGAGAAACGGAGUCGCGGCGACAUUCGCUCUAAUCGUCACGGCACAGCACAGUCCGCCAUCGACAAGUUCCAGCACGAUGCGGCCUUGCUUGAUGUUGCAGGAAAUAACACCAACACUGCAACUGAAGAAUCCCCCGUCGACAAUCCGACAUCCCAUCAACUACCCCCUCACGAAAUACCUACGCCUGAAAAACUAUACGUCGAAGCCAGAGGUGUGCUCGCAGGUCUAGAAUUACUCAGAAAAAGGCUAGUUGAGGUCGCAAUCCAGAUUGGAACGAUGCCUUCCCUGAACCUGG